AUGGCUGCUACAAUAAGAGAUGAGCAGGGCAAUCUAAUUCAACUCACAGAUGAACAGGGCAACCCAGUUAAAUUAACAGAUGAACAUGGUAACCCUGUGCACAUCACUGGCACAGCCACCACCAGACAACAUCCAACGCUUAGCAAUAUAAUCAGUAGUGAUCCGGUACCUGGUACUGGACUUUUUUCUAGUACUGCCAAGAGUGAAGAUGAAAUGAAGGGUACUCAUGACAUUCGUCAGACGGGUCAGCAUGAUGGGGUUGCUGGUGAUCAAGGUGCACGGAAAGAGGAGCAGGACGAGAUUUCAUCUACUUCAAGCUCUGACUCGUCUGAGUGCGAUGAGCAAGGAGGGAGAAGGAAGAAGAAGGGGCUGAAACAGAAAAUAAAGGAGAAAAUAACUAGUGGGAAGCACAAGGAAGAACAUGACCAUACUGUUGAGGUACACACCACCACCACCGGUCCAGCCGGAGGACAUUACCAGGAACAUGAGAAGAAAAGUGUGAUUGAGAAGAUCAAAGAAAAAUUUUCUGGCCACCAUCAGUAA